UAAUCUCAAUUGAAUGCAGAACAUCUUUGCUUUUAAUAAUUAAUAUCGUCUUUUGACGGCCUGAUUUCACUGGUUUUAAUAUUCAAUAUAGAUGUUAUUCAAUGUUGAUUGCAUCAUCGAUUUUAAGCCAUUAAUGGAUCACACAUUUCCCAUUUAAUUAUUUCCAAGGGCAAUCCAAUAUCUAACUGUUGGAAAUUGAUACAGUAAUUUUUUAAAACCAUAUUCCUACUUGUUCGUAAAUUGUUGAAAAUUUUUGAGAAAAAAUGGAUUCGAAAUAUCCGUAUUAAUAAAAUUUGUAAUAAAAAACCAGAGAAGGCUUGAACUUCAAGUUUGACUGUGUUUUAAGCUUAAAUUGACAAUUUAUUUCAAGUUAACUCUCCGAUUUUUAUUCCUGGUAUAAAAAUAAAUUACAAAAUUUCGAUAUGACUGGAAACUUUUCAUAUUUAUGGCACCACUAAGAACAGAAAUAAAGUUUAACAUCAAUUUACAGCUCCAUAAGUAAUAAUUAUGCUGAAAAUUUUGGUAUUUUGACCAAAAAAAUUUAUCCCUGCGAUAAAUUUAUGCCGAGGAACAUAAAUUGACUGUAACUGAAAUAAGUUAAUUGUUCUUUUUUUGCAAUAGCAAAAAAAAAAAUGUCAUUCUGGCUGGAUACGGUUGGAAAAGACAGUGCUCGUAGGUGAAAAACGAAUUAGUUCUAACAAUAUUCAUUCAAAUGAUUCGGUUCUCGAUUAAAAUUCAAAACACACAAAAACUAAUAUAUUCGAAGUAUUUGAAAUUUAGUUGUAUCGUCUAAUUGCAUUUGGGCUGUCAAGAGAUUAUGCACUUAGAACAACCCAUAUAUUUUAAAAGCUUUAACAUUUCGAAAAAGGAAUCGAGCUCAAAUGCAAGUGUUCAAAUUCAGGUUCCAAUUUAUUCAGUUGAAAGCUGUCUCAUUCAAUUUUAAAUAUUGAUAAUGAAUCUUUUUUUCGAUUAGAAUAAAACAACGAAUAAAUGUCGACAUUUGAAUUUAAAAUUCAACUGAAUAAUUCAAAUUGCCAGUUUUUAAUGAUAGUUUCAAUCUGUGAAUGCCAAUUGAAAAUAUGCAUAGUAUGUUCGGCUGAAAAUUCGAUUCACAUUGAUAUUAUUUUUUCUUCAAUUCUUUUUUUUUAUCAAAUAAACUGAUUGAAAAUGUUACAAAUAAUUUUCAAAUGAAAUCUAAAAACGUUCAGUUUAAAAACUAUAGUGUUGCCACGUGUGUGCGUGCACACUUGGUAAACUGUCAAAACAAUGUGUAGUUUGGUCAACCACCGCCGACGAUACCGAGCGCUAUCCGUAUAAAAGAAUCAUAAAACAAAACGUUCAAAAUAUGGGUUGUGAUUUUGACAUUUUGCCAACGAAAUGAAGAAAUUGUAGUGUCCAUUGUUGCGGUAUAAUGAAGCGCAUUUCAGUCGAUGUGACAUACUCGCACAAAUAAUAGUAAUAAGACGGAAAAAAACGACAGAAAGAUAUAUUGUGAUAGGGAAAAUAAUUUGGCGGUCGCAUUGCAUGCAGAGUACAUCGCAAACGAAAUUUUUUGUGUGGUGUGCUUGGAACAUUUCGGUUUUUACGCGACCGUGUGUAUCGAAUGAUUGUUGAAUUUUGAUUGAAAUUCGUGAGAAGAAGUGUCAAAAGUGAAAUAAUUUAACGAAAAUGAGUUCCGGCUCAAUAGAAAUUCCGUUGAGAGACACGGACGAGGUAAUUGAAUUAGAUCCAGAACAAUUACCCGAUGGCGAUGAAGUGCUUAGCAUUUUGCGGCAAGAACAUUCACAAAUCAAUACAUGGGUCAAUGUUGCGCUUGCCUAUUACAAGCAAAACAAAACACAGGAUUUUAUAAAAAUCCUUGAAGCCGCUCGCAGUGAAGCCAACACCGAAUAUCGUGACUAUGAAAAGGAUCAAAUGCGAGCAUACGAUAUGCUGGCCGCGUACUAUGUACAGGAGGCAAAUCGUGAGAAAACCAAGGACAAAAAGCGUGAACUGUUCAUGAAGGCAACGCAUCUGUAUACCACCGCCGAUAAAAUUAUCAUGUACGAUCAAAACCACUUGUUGGGUCGAGCAUAUUUUUGCCUAUUGGAAGGUGAUAAAAUGGAACAAGCCGAUGCACAAUUCAAUUUCGUGCUGAAUCAAUCGCCAUCGAAUAUUCCGUCACUGCUGGGCAAAGCCUGUAUCGCUUUCAAUAAAAAAGAUUUUCGUGGUGCAUUGGCCUUUUACAAGAAAGCGUUACGAACAAAUCCAAAUUGCCCGGCAGCUGUACGGUUGGGUAUGGGACAUUGUUUCCUGAAAAUGAACAAUCACGAAAAAGCAAGAUUGGCCUUCGAAAGAGCAUUGGAAUUAGAUCCACAGUGUGUUGGUGCUCUGGUCGGGUUGGCAAUAUCCAAAUUGAAUUUGCAUCAACCGGAAGCGAAUCGGAUCGGUGUUCAAAUGUUGUCCAAAGCAUAUACGGUCGACUCGACAAAUCCAAUGGUUCUGAAUCACUUGGCUAAUCACUUUUUCUUCAAGAAAGAUUAUCAGAAAGUGCAACACUUGGCAUUACAUGCAUUUCAUAAUACCGAAAAUGAAGCAAUGCGAGCGGAGAGCUGUUAUCAAUUAGCACGUUCGUUCCAUGUUCAAGGCGAUUACGAUCAAGCGUUCCAGUAUUACUACCAAUCAACACAAUUUGCACCCACGAAUUUCGUAUUGCCACACUACGGCUUGGGACAAAUGUACAUUCAGCGGGGUGAUGCUGAGAAUGCGGCCCAAUGUUUCGAAAAAGUAUUGAAAGCGCAACCGGGCAACUAUGAAACAAUGAAAAUUCUCGGUUCGCUGUAUGCCAAUUCAAAUUCGCAGUCAAAGCGUGACAUAGCCAAAACGCAUCUCAAAAAGGUUACCGAACAAUUUCCGGAUGAUGUCGAGGCGUGGAUUGAAUUGGCACAGAUUCUCGAACAAAAUGAUUUGCAAGGAUCGCUCGCUGCCUAUGCAACGGCCACACAAAUUCUGAAAGAAAAAGUCAACGAAGACAUACCGCCGGAAAUAUUGAACAAUGUGGCCGCAUUGCACUAUCGAUUGGGUAAUUUAAGUGAGGCAAAAAUCAAAUUGGACGCGGCCAUUGAACGGGCUAAGAUUGAAUCGGAACAAGAUCCACAAUACUAUGAAUCGAUUUCCGUGACCAUGAAAUACAAUUUGGGUCGAUUGAAUGAAGCAAUGUGUGCCUAUGACAAAGCCGAUCAACUGUACAAAGACAUUCUCAAAGAGCAUCCGAAUUACAUUGAUUGCUAUCUACGUUUGGGUUGCAUGGCUCGUGACAAAGGUUUGAUUUUUGUGGCUUCGGAUUUCUUCAAAGACGCCCUCAAAAUCAACACCGAAAAUCCUGAUACACGUUCGUUGCUCGGUAAUUUGCAUUUGGCAAAAAUGCAAUGGACUUUGGGCCAGAAAAAUUUUGAGACAAUUUUGAAAAAUCCAGCAACAUCACAGGAUGCGUAUUCAUUGAUUGCGCUCGGUAAUUUUUGGUUGCAAACGCUACAUUUGCCGAAUAAGGACAAAGAUCGUGAAAAGAAACACCAAGAAUCGGCGUUAUCCAUCUACAAACAAGUGCUACGAACCGAUCCGAAAAAUAUUUGGGCAACAAAUGGUAUCGGUGCCGUUUUGGCUCACAAAGGUUGCAUCAACGAGGCACGAGACAUCUUCGCUCAGGUGCGUGAAGCCACCGCUGAAUUUAGUGACGUUUGGCUGAAUAUUGCACACAUUUAUGUGGAACAGAAGCAGUAUGUCAGUGCCAUUCAAAUGUACGAAAAUUGUUUGAAGAAAUUUUAUCGACACAACAACGUUGAAGUCAUGCAAUAUCUCGCCAGAGCCUAUUUUCGGGCUGGAAAAUUGAAAGAAGCCAAAGUCACAUUGCUUAAGGCCAGACGAGUCGCACCACAAGAUACGGUUUUGUUGUUCAAUAUCGCUCUGGUUCUUCAGCGACUAGCCAUGUUAAUUCUAAAAGAUGAAAAGUCGACGCUUGAAAUUGUUCUUCAGGCGGUCCAUGAAUUGGGUUUGGCACACAAAUACUUCACUUACCUUUCAGUGCAUGGUGACAAGCAGCGUUACAACAUUGGGUUGGCCAGCAUUGAAGCGAAUCAAUGUCAAGAUUUGCUGUCACAGGCUCAGUACCAUGUAUCUCGUGCCCGUCGCAUUGACGAAGAGGAGCGUACCCUCCGAAAUAAACAAGAGCAAGAACGUGCGGCAUUCAAACAGCGGCAAGAGCAUGAACGCCUUCUGGAGGUCGAGAAGCGGCGCAAAGCCGAAGAAGAAAUGUUGGCGAAACGUGAAGAAUUUAAGGAAAAAACGAAAAAUGCCUUACUUUUCUCGGAGCCACCACCAGAAAGGAAGAAAGGACCCGGUAGAGGUCGUCGUGAUGGUUAUGUUUCAGAUUCGGGCAGUGAAGCCGAUGGAAAUCGUGAGGGUGGCGGUGAAGGUGGCGAAAAACCACGUAAGAAGGCAACGAAAGGUAGGAAAAAACGUGAAGGCAAAGGUGGGAAAGGUGAAAAACGGCGCCGACGACAAUCGGGCAGUGAAAGUGAAGGGCCCAAAGAGAAACGCGGCCGAAAGAAAGGUUCGAGAGGUACAAAACCAGCCAAAAAAGACAAGGAUGAUGGACUCACUAAAUCACAAAAAAUGCGCAUCAUUUCGAAAGCAACUAUUUCAACCAGUGAAUCCGAAUCAGAUAAAGAUAACGGGCGUCGUUCACGCAGCCGCAGCAGAAGUUCAGGCUCACGUUCGAGGUCGGCGUCAGGCAGUGGCAGUGCCCGGUCCAGAAGUAGAAGUGGUUCAGGCUCACGCUCACGAUCUGGUUCUCGUUCAGUGUCACGCUCUCGAUCUCGCAGUGGAAGUGCUCGAUCAAGAAGCAGAAGCGGCUCGCGAUCACCAAGUCGUUCACGCAGUGGAAGUGCUCGGUCGAGAAGCAAAAGCGGCUCACGAUCACCAAGUCGAUCACGCAGUGGAAGUGCCGCAUCUCGUCGUAGUCGAAGUGGUUCUGCAAGAAGCAGAAGUGGUUCCCGGUCUCGUUCUCCAUCCCGUUCACGAAGUCGUAGCGGUAGUAGGAGUGGAACAGGUUCGCCGGCAAAGCGAAGUGGUUCUGGUUCAGGAUCGGAGUAAAUUUAGAAUAAAACAACAACAACAAUGGUUCAUUUGAUUUAAGAUCUUCAAUUAUUUCUUUAAAUUUUUCCACAUCCCCCUCCGUCAAUAUAAAUCGAUCCUGACAAAACACCUCAAUUUUGAUUUGUAGAGAAACUUACGAAAAUAUUUUGUUUCACCAAAAUUUAAUUAAAAAAAAGUGUUAACCAUUGUCUAAA